GACAGCAGACAUCGGGAGCUGCUCUCCUCCUCCGACUGGGAUCUCGUCUAUGGUUUUCUCAAGCCCAGGGGUGCAGUUUUUCCGAACAGCCAGGUCAUGUCAUUAAAGAUGGAAAUGGAUGCCAGUGGAGCGUCUAGGGCACCCAUAUCUGUUCUGCCUGCAGCUGAGGUCAAAAGCACCCUGAAGCCUGAAGCCGAUAAACCCCGCUGCUCCAGCACUCCCUGCUCCCCCAUUAAAAGUACUGUCUCAGGAUACCAGAUCCUUCACAUGAACUCCAACUAUCUUGUGGGCUUUACAACUGGCGAGGAGCUUCUCAAAUUAGCCCAGAAAUGGUCAAGUCCUGACAGCAGCAACACAGAGGCCUUGCCCAGCCCUAUUAAAAAGCCUGUGGAUUUAGGUCUGCACCGAGCCUCGCGGAUUUACAAAGCCAAAAGCCGUUACUACCAACCGUACGACAUCCCAGCCGUCAAUGGACGACGGAGGCGGCGCAUGCCCAGCUCAGGCGACAGCUGCCUGAAGUCCAUAGUGAGCGGGGAGCCAAGCAAGGCUUUACACGGCCCCCUGCCUCUCUGCCUGUUGAAGGGCAAACGGGUUUACUCCAAGUCCCUGGACUACCUCAACCUGGACAAGAUGAGCCUCAGGGAGCCGGUGGACACAGAGGUGCUGCAGUACCAGCUGCAGCAUCUGAAUUUGCGGGGUGAGCGCGUAUUCACCCGCAACAAAACAUGAGUUCUCACAUCAACCUUCACUUGCCCACGGUUGUCUGACUGCAUUGUAGGGCCUUCAUUUUUACCACUCUGAUUACAGGUAGUUCCCCACUAACGCAUCCAUAGACCACCGAUCCUGUUCAUUAAGCAGAGGUGUGUGAUUAAGCACCAUGAGGCCCGGUUCAGCCCAAAGUAUACUUUGGACUUUGUGUGUGCGAGAAUUCGCAUGCAGUGUGUGUGACACAGAUUUGAUCAGAAGAAUAGUAUGUGCAUAUUGUAUGCAUUCUGCCAGUUUUUGUAACCUCAAGCUGAUUCGCACAUGCGCUUUAAUUUUGUUUUGCACUAAUUAAUUUGUCCACAAGGUGGCAAAAUUGAUUAAACUACUGUAGAUGGCAAAACCAUUUGACGCCCAUGUUGAUGGGUUCUUAGUUAAGCCUGUAUUUAUACUUCUGCGUCGUGAUCGCCGUACCUCAUAACACAAACUUAAACCUAGCUGACGAGCAUUUUUACUUCUAAUUUAUACUACGUUCUGUCCGUGUUGCUCUGCAUUAAUAGUUCCCAAACGCUAAGUAGUGGGGUUUCCGUGUUCCACUGCGUCAAGAUGUUUUUUUAGCCGCCAGUGUUUUGAGUUGCCUACAAUGCUACUAUAGCAGUACCACAAACUCACACUCAUACGGAGAAUAAAGUGGCAGGAUCUGGUGAAUGUUCAACAACUUUAACUAUAAAAUAAACACCAAACAAAAUACCAAAUCUGCAAGACUUAAGACUUGUUAAACAAGUCCUGCCACCAGCUUCUCUCUGAUCCCCUCUCUGCUCUCCCACAUUCGUCACACUAAGCUGACCAAUCACAUAUCUUGGUUACCAUUUGUGAGAGGUGCACGGUAUGGCAAAGGGUAUUCGACUGUGCAAUAGCUACACCGGACCUACGGCAUACACUCGACUCAGAAAUAUAAAUCGGCAUUUAUCUACAAUCUUAAUCUACAAAAAAAGAAAAAACACUGGACAUAGAUUCAUGUUUAAAAUGCGCAUGUGACUUUAUUUUAGAUAAAGUAUACUUUGGGCUUUUGAGGAAACUUUAAAGGAGUGUUUUCUCAAAAACAUAAAUUCUGGCGUUAUGUACUCACUUUCAUGUUAUUCCUCCAAACUUCCUCCAUUUUGUCUUAUGGAACAGCUUUGAAAAAUUAUGAUGAUUGCAAGAACCUUUGGCAUUGGCAUAUUUUCAGUCCUCAAAAGCCAAAUCAUAACCUUUAGUGGUGAACUGGCUGAAAUUUGUAAUUGUAAUCUACUGAAGCUCUUAAAAAUCAUUUGAAUUUUUUCAGUAAAUAAUUUUAGUCCCGUCACACAAAAUUAUCAAGUGACUUUGGAAGACUUGAAAUAUAGCGAACAGAUUUGUACUUGUAUGGUAGGCCGCACAACUAAAACUUUAGUCACAAAAAUAUACUGGUAUUUGUUAGGGCACUUAAUUGGCUAGAAUGUGACCUCUGACAAUCUGCGCCAUGUUUAAAAAAAACACAUUAAAGGAUAAUAAGUACAGAAUGUAUUUCUGGAGGAUUGCAAUACUGCAAUAAAGUCAAGUAGACUACAUGUUUUUAAAGUUUGCAUUCGUUAGAAACAAAUAUGAAAUUAGGCCGUGAUGAUUUAAUCGUCUCUAGAUCUCUAAUUUGCAGGUUAGAGUUCACUAACCAUUUAAGGGUUAUAUUUGCUAAUUAAAAUUCUGUUAUUUAUUCACCCUCUAGUCAUUCUACAUAAUGAACUGAUCUGGUUUGUAAAAAAAAAAAUAUGUAUAUAUACUGUGGAAGGCAAUGGAGACCAAAAACAUAUUUUUUUUCAGCAAAGACAGAGAUGACUUAAGGUUGAGUAAAUGAUGACAGACAUUUUUAAAGAGCACUCAAACUUUUCCUAUUACUUUUUAGGUUUGUAAUAAUGGUGAGUACAUAAUGCCAUAGAAUCUGUUUCUAAACCUCCGCAACUUAUUAUUGCUAAAAAAGAUAGUUCUCCAAAAAAUGAAAGAUUCUGUCAUCAUUUACUUAUCCUCCACAAAGAAAGAAAGCUAAAAAGAAGCCACAGUAUUUGUUGUACCUACUACGAAUGUCAGUGGCAACUUUUCUUCAGAAUAUCUUUAAUGUUCAACAAAACAGAGAAACUCAUAAUCGUUUAGAAGAAGGGUGAACUAGCCUUUUAGAGUUUAUGUUAUAGGGAAUACAUUCACUCUAAUGGUGAGGACUUUUAAGAUCAGCAAUAAAUGGUGUGGCUUAUUUACUUAAUUCCCACUGUUGUAUGUGUGCGUGUACAAAAAAACGUACAACUUUGGAAAUUUAGUGUGAAAUAUAAGUGCUCUGCUCUGCAUUUUAGUCAUCUGUUCCCAGUUAACAUCCUUUCACUAGCUUGGUAACAUUAGCUAACAUGUGCUAACAUUAGUAAGAUCAGGUGAGGAUCUUGACUGUUACGCAAUUCUUUAAAACAGACUGAUAGGCUUUGUGCUAGAGAGGCUUAUCUUUGGAGAACCCAAGGCUAACAUUAGCAUGUAGAAACCAUUAAUGGCCUUUUCAUUUCUUUAAUCAGUAUUGUACGGGGCACUCACUGGAUCUUCUUUAAUUACAAUGAAUAUUAUAUUAUUGUUUGAAUGAAAUGUUUGUUGAUGAAGAUUGUGACUUUUUUUUUUCAUUAAUGUCUUUACCCCUUCAUGGUGCACAUAUAGUGGAUAACAUUGCUAUAAAAACCAAAGUCCAGGGGGAAGGAACUUGAUUAAUUGUUUUUGAACAGCAGACAAUCCUUCGCAGUUUUACCCAGUAAGCACUGUUAACCGCUUAUGGGAUGUUAUUUCCUCAUUUUAGUGAUGUGUGUGUGCUUUUAAAGGUUUUUUUUACAUCUCUGUCACAAUACUAGCAUCAAACAUUCAACUAUGAGAUUCAUACCAGAAUGAUGUUUCUUUGGGAUCUGUUAGUAUUGUGUCACUUAACUUCAUUUUUGCAUUUACAUGACACAAUUUUCCACCAACAGGAAAACUUUUGUAUGCAUAUUGGCUGCUCAUUUCUGUUACAAACGAAAACGUUUCUUUGUAAAUGCCAACAUUAUUCCGUCUAUGUAAAAAAAAAACGUGAAUUUGUGGAAACAAAGUGUAUUACAUGUUCAGUUCACAGGUAUUUGUGAGCACACGGGGUGUAUUCCAGAAAGCCAGUUUUUCUUAACUACACAUUAAACUUGAAUAACUAUAAACCUGCUUACCUGAGGUAUACCAGUUACAAAUGCCAGUAAGACAUUCUCAAUAGAAUGCAGAAACCACGUCAUCAUGGAAACAGACACCAAAAACCUCUUCUUUCUUGGUUUAAUAGUGAGUUAAGAGCAAUUCGUACAGAAUACUAGGGCUGUGCGAUUAAUCAAAAUCGAAUCGCAAUUUGAAACGUGAUUAGUUAUUCGCAAGAUGCUGCUAUA